ACUGGCCCCGCCCCUCAGCAGCAGCAGUAACAAUGGCUCCUGGUCACUUAUGGAAACCGGACCGGGACCGAUGCUUAAAAACCUACGGAGUUGUAGUGUUAUUACUUAUGGAUGUAGUCGUACAAGGUGUGAACGGUUAUUUGAGAUCUUCACAUGUUGGUCCAGAGCCUCCUUACACCAGGGAUACUCAGCACGGGCCGGUGAUAACCAGUCCAGUGGUGCCCGCUGCUGCAUCAGUGUCACCUCCCGAAGAAGAAAACUACAUUGCCAAAUGUCCAAGUGGUGGUCUAUGCAGUCAGCUGCCAGCUGAUUGUAUAAACUGUAAUUAUCAACACAACUGCACAUAUGGGAAACCAGCCUCAUUCCAAUGCAAACCUAAAAAGGGUGUCCACUGUAUUGGUGAGACUGGACAGCAGCAAACCAACUUCUCUCUGUCUAUCACCUGUCAAUUCUGUUGGCAGCUUGACCCAUUGCUUUACCGCUGCUCUAACUCAACCAACUGUAUGACUGUGUCUUGCCCAAGGAAACGCUACAAUGCCACCUGCAAUGUUUUGGAACAUAUACAUUGUUUAGGUAAAAGACAUUUUCAGAAACGGUUAUUUUGUAACUGGACAGGAGGAUACAAAUGGUCAACGGCACUCGCUCUGAGCAUUACACUUGGAGGAUUUGGGGCAGAUCGGUUUUAUCUAGGCCAGUGGAGAGAGGGUUUGGGCAAACUGUUUAGCUUUGGAGGCCUGGGUAUUUGGACAUUAAUAGAUGUUCUUCUGAUUGGUGUUGGUUAUGUGGGACCAGCUGAUGGUUCUUUGUAUAUCUGAAACAUGGUUAGAUGCUCUGGCCGUUUUUCCUCUGGUGGCUUCACCAUCUUUAAGACUUAAGAUGCUGUGAUCUUAGCACAUUCGCCUGCCCAAUCUUGCUGUGCAACACGUCCUCAUCCCAUCUGCUGUCAGGCAGGAAGUGUUUAGCUCUUCGCAUCAACGAUAACUCUACCCACACAUGCUUCAGAUUGAGCUCCAUCUCUGUAUCUACCUUGUGGUGUCUUGCUGUUGUUGAUGGAGUUAUUCACGAAGACGACAGAGAGACAUUUAUUUUGUGUGUCUGUCUGGUAGAUUGGACUCAUGCGGCGAUAUUGGUUUGGUUUCCUGUGGAGCUGAGCUCUGGGAGAUUAGUUUGCACCUCAGAGGCAAGGGUUUUCCUUAUUUAUAGGUAAAUGUAUGGGAUGGGGGGGGGUUUCCAUGGAUACCAUGAGCUUGGUUGUUUAUGCUCAAUGCCGUGAAAAAGUAUGUAUUUUUUUUGUCCUGAAAGAUACAUUAAGGUCAACUAUCUUCAAGUACUGGAAGGCGUAGUAUUAUUCUGAUCUGGGGCAUAAAUGCAUCUCUGUUCAUUGUUUAAAUGGUAUAUUGCUGUCAUUUUUAAAUAAUUUA